AUGUCAACUUCGCGGCUCAUGCUGACUUCGCUGCCAAUGUCGCCGCCGCCGCCCAUGCCGACUUCGUCACCCAUGCUGACUCCAAUACCUAUGCCACCUCCGCCGUCCAUGCCGCCUCUGCUUCCCAUGCCAACUGCGCCUCCAUGUCCUGCACCCGUGCAACCAUUCCUUCCACCAUUGUUGGGUCCACUUCCUAUGUCUGUUCUUCAUAUGCCCAAUUUCAGUUUCGUUCGCACCACCAUUUCCUUCAACAAGUUCUUCAACAUUGUUCCUCUUUAUGGGACUGCCAUGGCCGCAUACAAGCUCUAA